GAUGGGCGGGGGGUGGGGGAGGUGGGAAGGGACGGCUUAGGACAGGGCAGGAUUGUGGACUGUUUCUGCCGCCUUGGUUGCCCAUACUGGGCAUCUCUGCAGGCGCGUCGGCUCCCUCCACCCCUGCUGAGAUGAUGCACUGCGAAAACAUUCGCUCUCCCCGGGACGCCUCUCGGUGGUUCAGAGCAGGGAAAAUGUUGCCUCAGGUUUAAAAUAAUCUGCCCAAGCACCCCAGCGCGGGAGAAACGUUCUCACUCGCUCUCUGCUCGCUGCGGGCGCUCCCCGCCGUCUGCUGCCAGAACCUUGGGGAUGUGCCUAGACCCGGCGCAGCGCACGUCUGGGCCAACCGCGAGCAGAACAAACCUUUGGCGGGAGGCCAGGAGGCUCCCUCCCAGCCACCGCCCCCCGCCAGCGCCUUUUUUUUCCCCCAUACAAUACGAGAUCUUCCUUCCUCAGUUCCCUUAAAGCACAGCCCAGGGAAACCUCUUCACAGCUUUCAUCCAGCCACUGGCCAGCAUGUCUGGGGGCAAAUACGUAGACUCGGAGGGACAUCUCUACACCGUUCCCAUCCGGGAACAGGGCAACAUCUACAAGCCCAACAACAAGGCCAUGGCAGAGGAGCUGAGCGAGAAGCAAGUGUACGACGCGCACACCAAGGAGAUCGACCUGGUCAACCGCGACCCUAAACACCUCAACGAUGACGUGGUCAAGAUUGACUUUGAAGAUGUGAUUGCAGAACCAGAAGGGACACACAGUUUCGACGGCAUUUGGAAGGCCAGCUUCACCACCUUCACUGUGACGAAAUACUGGUUUUACCGCUUGCUGUCUGCCCUCUUUGGCAUCCCAAUGGCGCUCAUCUGGGGCAUUUACUUUGCCAUUCUCUCUUUCCUGCACAUCUGGGCAGUUGUACCAUGCAUUAAGAGCUUCCUGAUUGAGAUUCAGUGCAUCAGCCGUGUCUAUUCCAUCUACGUCCACACCGUCUGUGACCCACUCUUUGAAGCUGUUGGGAAAAUAUUCAGCAAUGUCCGCAUCAACUUGCAGAAAGAAAUAUAAAUGACAUUUCAAGGAUAGAAGUAUACCUGAUUUUUUUUUCCUUUUAAUUUUCCUGGUGCCAAUUUCAAGUUCCAAGUUGCUAAUACAGCAACAACUUAUGAAUGAAUUAUCUUGGUUGAGAAUAAAAAGAUCACUUUCUCAGUUUUCAUAAGUAUUAUGUCUCUUCUGAACUAUUUCAUCUAUUUUUGGCAGUCUGAAUUUUUAAAACCCAUUUAAAAUUUUUUCCUUACCUUUUUAUUUGCAUGUGGAUCAAUCAUCGCUUUAUUGGCUGAGAUAUGAACAUUGUUGAAAGGUAAUUUAAGAGAAAUAUGAAGAACUGAGGAGAAAAAAAAAAAGAACCAACAACCUUAACUGCCUACUCUAAAAUGUUGGUCAUUUUAUGUUAAAGGAAGAAUUCCAGGGUAUGGCCAUGGAGUGUACAAGUAUGUGGGCAGAUUUUCAGCAAACUCUUUUCCCACCGUUUAAGGAGUUAGUGGAUUACUGCCAUUCAUUUCAUAAUUCAGUAGGAUCCAGUGAUCCUUACAGGUUAGAAAACAUAAUCUUCGGCCUUCUCAUGAUCCAACUAAUGCCUUACUCUUCUUGAAAUUUUAACCUAUGAUAUUUUCUGUGCCUGAAUAUUUGUUAUAUAGAUAACAAGACCUCAGUGCCUUCCUGUUUUUCACAUUUUCCUUUUCAAAUCGGGUCUAACUCAGCAGCUCGCAUUAGGUCAGCAGCCUCCCUGAAGACCAAAAUUAGAAUAUCUAUGACCUAGUUUUCCAUGCGUGUUUCUGACUCUGAGCUACAGAGUCUGGUGAAGCUCACUUCUGGGCUUCAUCAGGCAACAUCUUUAUCCAUAGUGAGUAUGGUCGACACUAGCCCGAUGAAAUGAAUUAAAGUGGACCAAUAGGGCUGAGCCCUCUGUGGGCUGGCAGGCCUGAAAGCCAGCUUUCCCUGCCUCUCAUCAGCUGAAUGAGGUCAGCAUGUCUAUUCAGCUUCGUUUAUUUUCAAGAAUAAUCACGCUUUCCUGAAUCCAAACUAAUCCAUCACCAGGGUGGUUUAGUGGCUCAACAUUGUGUUCCCAUUUCAGCUGAUCAGUGGGCCUCCAGGGAGGGGCUGUAAAACGGAGGCCAUUGUGUGAGCCUAUCAGAGUUGCUGCAAACCUGACCCCUGCUCAGUAAAGCACUUGCAACCGUCUGUUAUGCUGUGACACAUGGCCCCUCCCCCUGCCAGGAGCUUUGGACCUAAUCCAAGCAUCCCUUUGCCCACAAAGAAGAUGGGGGAGGAGGCAGUAAUAAAAAGAUUGAAGUAUUUUGCUGGAAUAAGUUCAAAUUCUUCUGAACUCAAACUGAGGAAUUUCACCUGUAAACCUGAGUCAUACAGAAAGCUGCCUGGUAUAACCAAAAGCUUUUUAUCCCUCCUGCUCAUAUUGUGAUUCUGCCUUUGCGGACUUUUCUUAAACCUUCAGUUAUGCUUUUAUUUUUUUUCAUACACUUAUUGGAACUCCGCUUGAUUUUUGCCUCUUCCAGUCUUCCUGACACUUUAAUUACCAACCUGUUACCUACUUUGACUUUUUGCAUUUAAAACAGACACUGGCAUGGAUAUAGUUUUACUUUUAAACUGUGUACAUAACUGAAAAUGUGCUAUACUGCAUACUUUUUAAAUGUAAAGAUAUUUUUAUCUUUAUAUGAAGAAAAUCACUUAGGAAAUGGCUUUGUGAUUCAAUCUGUAAACUGUGUAUUCCAAGACAUGUCUGUUCUACAUAGAUGCUUAGUCCCUCAUGCAAAUCAAUUACUGGUCCAAAAGAUCGCUGAAAUUUUAUAUGAUUACUGAUAUAUUUUACAAUUUUUUAUCAUGCAUGUCCUAUAAAUGUUACAAGCCUGCACAAUAAAAAUGUUUAAUGGUUAAA